AUGGACGCUUUCAAGCUCCUCACCCGCUCAACAAAACUUAAAACGGGCUCUGCCUCUACAAAGCAACUUAUAUCAAACUCUUUACCGUCGGCUGGGGCAGCAAAUACACCCCAGCUAUUUGCUGCCCGUAAUGGAUCACACCCUAUAGAAUCUGGCGACGAGCAAAAUGAAAGGAAAGGAAGGAAACGGAAGAGAGUUUUGGAUAGAGAUGAAGUUUCUGCUGAUGCUGCUGUUGUAACUCUAGACUUUUUCGGUCCAGGCUCAUCUGGGACUCAUGGAUUGUCUACCAGCGGAACAAGAAAUGCAACGCAAGGGCAAAAUGAGAGCGAUAAGUUAGGCGGAAAUAUUAUCGAUGGGGAUUUCCUCGAGGAUGCCGGUUUGGGUGAGGAACCACGAAAGGCGAUCCUGACAGCACACAAGAUCAAAGUGACAGAUCUCCGAACACCCCCGAUAGUGAUUGAACGAGAAGAUAAAAAGUCGAAAAAGAAAACGAAAAAGAAGCAAAAGCUCGAACCAACCCCAAAUGCUUUGAGCCGGAAACAGCAGCGGAAAGCGCUGAGAAUGUAUCCAGAACCACUUAUGUCGUUCCGGCAGUUGAGAACGAGAUAUCAAAUUUCUCGACGGCUUUUCGAGAACAUUCUUAAUCAAGGCUACAGCGCCCCUACUGAGGUUCAGCUUGGCGCUCUUCCAUUGCUGCUGGGUGGUUGUCCUAGUUCGGCUUCGCGGAAUCAAGUAAAAGGGGGGAAAUCUUCCUCAUUCGGACUUGAACCUGACCUUUUGGUUGUUGCUCCAACUGGUAGUGGGAAAACAUUAGCUUUCAUGGUUCCGCUCAUUGAUAAAAUAAUACGACAUCACCACCAUAACGAUUCCCAAUCGAGAGAGUUGUUCGCGAUUGUCUUGGCGCCAACGAAGGAACUUGUGUCCCAAAUUGUCAACGAAGGCCGGAAGUUCAUGGUGGGCACCGGGGUUAAAAUUACAGCUAUGCGGAAGAGGAUGCGACUCGUGGAGUGCAUAGAAGGAGGUGAAGACCCCUCUGAUGGAGAGAGAUUGAGCUCCGGAAGUGACGGCGGUGAAGUCACAAAAGCAAAACAGUCCAGAGGAAACGACCUUAUUACAAAUAGCGAUAUUCUAGUUUCGACUCCCCCCUUGCUUGCGAAUUCACUUUCCGGUAAUAAAAAACGCGAUUUAGCUCCUCUGCCCACCGUCCAGAGUCUUGCCUUAGAUGAAGCAGAUGUACUUUUGGACCCGUUAUUUCGCGAACAGACCCUCGAUGUAUGGCGGGCCUGCACUAACGCCCAAUUACGAGUUGGGUUAUGGUCUGCAACAAUGGGCUCUAAUAUUGAAGAGCUGGUCAAAUCAACUAUUAGCGAACGGCAAAAAUCUCUGGGGCUGGGGGACGAAUCCUUCCUUGUUCGGUUGGUCGUUGGAUUAAAAGAUACUGCAAUUCCCAAUAUUUCCCACAAACUUGUCUAUGCAGCAACUGAACAAGGGAAGCUUCUGGGGUUGCGACAGCUGCUUCAUCCAACGGGCGCAUUCUCUGCGUCAGAUAUCCAUCUACGUCCACCUUUUUUAGUAUUUACGCAAACCAUAUCCAGAGCUGUGGCAUUACAUUCAGAGUUGAAAUAUGACAUCCCAGCUGAAGCGGGCGGAUCGUCACGUAUCGCUGUCCUCCAUUCUGAACUCUCUGACUCGCAGAGAUCUGACGUUAUGGCAGGCUUCCGCAAAGGCGAGAUAUGGAUUCUCAUCACCACCGAUCUCCUUUCUCGCGGGGUGGAUUUCCGCGGAAUCAACGGCGUCGUGAACUACGAUAUACCCAAUUCUAGCGCGGCAUAUAUUCACCGCGUUGGAAGAACAGGCAGGGCUGGUCGUGAGGGUGGAGUGGCUGUCACCUUUUACACAAAGGAAGAUAUUCCUUACGUGAAGAAUAUUGCGAAUGUUAUCGCUGCAAGUGAGAAAUUACGGGGAGUCCCUAGUGAUAAAGGGAUCCAGAAAUGGCUGCUAGAUGCAUUGCCCAAUCUGUCCAAGAAGGACAAAAAAGAUCUCAAACAACAUGGCGUGAAGGUUCGAAGGCCUGUGACGAAGGGGGAGCAGGGUGAAAAGGAUAAGCGAAAAACGAGGAUCAGCACAAAGAGUGGAUUUGAGAGGCGGAUCGAACGAAACCGGAGAGACGCGGUUAAGGCAAGCCAGCGGCGAAAACAAAAGGUACAGGUUGAAGGGGAAGGGGAUGCAAAUGACAAUGAGUCUUGGGAUGGGAUUGAAGACUAA